AUGAAGCUUUCUUUAGCUUUUGGUGCCGUUUCUGCUUUUGAGCUUGCUGCAGUUACUCCCCCUCCCGGAUGCCCAGACCUUGAUAAAUACGAGAUUUGCACGGCAAAAUGCUCAGCCGAUCUCGACACUUGCAAAGAAGCUUGCAACCCCGACGACUUCACAUGUGCCAGUCGUUGUGAUGCCGCUGCUCUCGAUUGCAACAACGACUGUCCCUGCAGCAACGGUUGUCCCAGCGGCUGCCUAGGCUGUGAAAACCCUAUUUGCUCGACUGACGGAGAGCACCUUUUGAUCCUCAAUACAUACGCCGGUAUGGACAAUCAGUCUUUCUUGAUCGAACUUGCUACCGACAUCCACAAAAUGGGCAACUUCAACUACAACAUGGAGAUCCACGACAUUGAGGACUCCUGUUACGCUUUCAUGAAGGGCGAGCACUGGUUCCUCGGUGGUUACUACAACGAGCGAAUGAUCGCCAAAGUCAACCUUGGUGGCUGCGCAAUCGAGCCUCAACAGAAACUUCUCGCCAUCACCCACGUUGACGGCUUCUGGGGAUCUUGCUCUGUCUAUAAUGACCUAACCCACAUGUGUUUUGAUGCCAAUGGCGUUGGUGGCGAUCGAUGCCAGACUUUCGACGGUGAAGAGGGAGGUCAAGCUGUUCUUCCAUCUCGAUCAAAUGCUCCUCAUGACUACACUGCCAUGGCCGUCUAUGACAACAAAAUGUGGGUUGUUGGAGGAUGCGAUCCUGACGGCUUUGACUGCCAUAAUGUCGUUGAGUCAUUUGACGGGUCAAGCUGGACUGUUGCCCCUAACCUACCAGUAGCAGAAAUUUAUGCUCAGACUGUUCUUGGAGAUGUGAAUGGGCUCUACUCUAUUUCUGGUCGACCAAGCUCUAAUAGCCAGAAUGUGUACAAAUUCAAUGGAAGCUCCUGGAGCCUUCUCGGUCUGAUGUCUUCCGCUCAAGCAGACGCAUUCUACUUUACUUCUGGCAAAAUUGUCAGCAAUGGACUCGCAUAUGGCGGAGAAGACUACAUGGAAAAGAUUCAAUUGAGCGACACUGAAUUUUCCUCCGUCAACAUUGGAGUUGCAGCAAACGGUGAAGUGUUCGAUCUCUACUACGCGGCGAUGAUCUUGGUUGAUGGAGCAAUCUCAAUGAGCGCCGUUUCCGCUUUUGAGCUUGCUGCAGUCACUCCUCCUCCUGGAUGCCCUGACCUUGACAAAUUUGAAAUUUGUACGGCGAAAUGUUCAGCUGAUCAUGAUGCUUGCAAAGCUGGCUGCAGCUCGGACGAUUUCACAUGCGUUAGCCGGUGCGAUGCUGCUGCUCUUGAUUGCAGCAACGCUUGUCCUUGUAACAAUGGUUGCCCAAGUGGAUGCCUUGGCUGCGAGAAUCCGGUUUGCUCUAGCGAAGAAGAGCAUCUCAUGAUUCUCAACGCUUAUUCUGCAAUAAGGGAUCAGGCGUUUUUGAUCGAGCUUGCUUCCGAUACUCACAAGAUUGCCAACUUCAACUACAACGACUUUUUAUUUGAAAUUGAGGACUCCUGCUAUGCAUUCAUGAAUGGCGAGCACUGGUUCCUCGGCGGUUACUACAAUGAACGACUGGUCGCCAAGGUCAACCUCGGUGGCUGCUCAAUCGAGCCUCAGCAAAGUCUUCUCGCCAUCACUCAUGUCGACGGCUACUAUGGAUCUUGUGCUGUCUACAACGAAAUUACACACAUGUGUUUCGACUCAAAUGGCGUUGGUGCCAAUCGUUGCCAAACUUUUGACGGAGAAGACGGUGGUCAAGCUGUGGUCCAAACUCAAUCAAAUGCUCCUCACGACUACGCUGCAAUGGCCAUCUACGACAAUAAGAUGUGGGUUGUUGGAGGAUGCGAUCCCGCCGGCUUCGAUUGUCAUAAUAUCGUUGAAUCAUAUGACGGAUCGACAUGGACCGUCGCUCCGAACAUUCCUGUCGAAGAAAUUUACUCUCAGACUGUUCUUGGAGAUGUUUAUGGGCUCUACUCAAUCUCUGGUCGCUUCAAUGGCCGAAAUGUCUUCAAAUUUGAUGGAAAUUCCUGGUCGCUCCUUGGUUUGAUGUCUGAAGCUCAAGCCGGUGCAUAUUUCUUCACUUCUGGCAAAAUUGUUAACAACGGACUUGCAUAUGCUGGAGAAGACACCAUGGAAAAGAUCCAAUUGAGCGACACAAAUUUUUCUUCGAUCAACAUCGAUCGAUCAUCAAAAAAAAACUCUCUCUGCAUCCGUGCGGAAAACGUGCUCUACUCUGCUCUGAGACAAAUUGGAGCCAGGACUGAGCUGUCUUUUGUUAAGAAUGUGAUCGUCCCGCUCUUUGUCAAUCCGUGCCAUGUCAGCAGAAUUGCCGCGCUGUGGGAUGGACGGAAAAUGCACGCCUUGGCUCGGAUUGUCGUUACGGGAGGAAACUCGGUUGCUGCCGGCGCAGAAUCUCUAGCAGAAGCCAUGUUUAAUGGAUUUGAAAUUACCACUCUUGGCUCAGCAAAGCCCGAUAAGGUAGCCCAAAAAGCCCCGCCAAAAUCUCAAGCGGCCCAAAACGCUAGCCAAGCUGAAAACUUGGAGAAGUCGAUUACGAAAGUCAUCGAUGAUCGCGGCAACAAAGGACCGGCUCCGUCAAAGAGUGCGGCAAAGAAACCCGCUGCUAACUCUGCCACAUCCAAUUCCCAGGAUCAAAGGGGAAAUCGCCCUGCCCGAGGCGGUGGAGCAAAGCGUGGUCGUGGUGGAAAAAGAAGAGGUAGUUGGAAUACCAACCCUGAUGGUGGUUCGCGAGGAGGGAAGCGAAAUGUAGGUAGCAAACCUACGUCACGCCCUCCGCCCAAUAAUGGAAAAACGAAACAAAAUCAGAACCCCCUCGACGCCGCCGAAGCCGAUGUUCCGGUAGCUGAAACAGUAUCGAAAGACAAGCUUAACAGGCGCAAAGCCACAAGAAAUAAGCUGAAGCCUACUCUUCUUAAACCCAAAAUGGAUGAAAUCGAAGAGGACGUUAAGUUGAAUCUUAACGAAGAUGACAUCGGGAGAAGCGAUGAAGAGAAUCUCACUCCUUUUCCGCAAGGUGGAACACCGCUCAAAGCGAUGCCGGGUGACUCUCAAGACCUCUCCCCGAACACAGUACCGUACGCCGACUCUUUCGUCGGCGACGAUGCCGCUUCCUCCUACAUGUCCCUUGAAACCCCUACGCCAGUGGGAGAAACCAAGCAAUUGUUUUCCCAGAAGGACGAAGGGGUGAACUAUAUGCUGGAAUCAAUUAGCGAUCUUCUCCAAUUUAAACACACCGUCAAGACAAUAACCACUGAUGAGGUGGCGUUUCAUGUGGACAAUCGUUACAAGCGAUUCCAGGGACUGGCCCUCAACUUCAUCAAAGCUAGCUCGGCUGGAAACGAUGAACUCCUAAUGGAUAUCCCUGCAAUUUAUCCACCGCAAUGGCGGGAAGAGAAGUAUAACGGUCAUAUUCUCACCAAAGUUAGCCUUUUGGUCUUUUACAACACGCUAAAACGGCUCGCAAUUCCAACUGAGAAUAUCCAGACCAUUAUUAUCCAACGUACGGAUGGCACGAUGGUCGAAGAUGGCGACACUGAUUGGAAAAGAAACUCCGAUGCAGUGGUGCGUGGAGUAAGGUUUAAAUUCCUAUUGGACUUCAUCAAAUACAUCUUCUUCGCAGUUAAAACGCUGCAGCUUUUUGAUCCUGCCAGACUCAUGGCAAACACCACUGCUUGGGCAACUAUCUUCUCCAUGCGCGAGUUCGAUGGUCAGGGAAAAUUUGUGAUCAAUAAUGCUGAUGACAAAGGGCUCUACAAGAAGAUAAAAUAUUUCUUCACUCGCUUCAAAUCCUACGUGAAUAGCUCUCAAGCGCCAAACUUCACCUUCAAGGAACACUCGAUGACCGUAGGUAUCUUACCUAUGGCGGAGAUUUUCUCCUCCGAGCUGAAGAAAAUGAAGUUUGUUAACCCGAAUGUUGAAAGCUGCAAAGAAGCACUCGGAGUUGCUUAUGAUAAUCACCAUAACCCUCUCUCCGAAGACAACCUGGUCAAAAAAGGUCGAGGAAACCUAGGGAAGGCCUAUCAGCUCAUCCUGGACGCAAUUGAUAACGAGAUCUUUCGCGUGGAAGGAAAUGAGCUCUACAAGCUUGACGCCCGUCAGCACUUUGAUAAUAAAAUUGAAGAGCAACGAAGCGGCCUGAUGCGCGUCACGUUAGGAGACGCCAAAACUCUGGUGGAAGGGCGAAGCGCCGCCAAAGUACAGAGAAGUAAGAUCCGUUUCUUGGGCAGAACCCUGAAAGCCGGAGCUGGUUCCAAAUUCAUGAACGAUGCCCUGUACACCGCGUCGACAGCAGCUGGAGUGGUGGAGUGCAACCCUGAGUUUAGAAAGGUUGCUAAUACUACCGAAGCUUCUGCCUCGAAACUUCAGAAAAUGGACGCAGCAGCCAAGAAGUUGCGAAUUGAUUUUGGAAAUUCUCAAAAAGAUAUUCGUAAAACCCUUCGGCUAGCGCAGAGAAACCAGGUAGAAUCGUCCACCCUGCAUUAUGGAGGUGCUCAGGCACUGAAAAGCAUGCAAGAACAAAUGGUAGCGAUACUCCAGGGGAAAGAAAAGAGCGACAUUCUGGAAGAGGCGGCAAUCAACGACCGCAACGUCAAUCAACUAAUUGGUGGCGCCAAGUUCAUGGCUUUCAAUACUAAAUUGGAAGACACUACAAAUGAACCCUAUCUUGUCCUCAAGGAUAGAGUUAUCGACCGCCACCAAACUGUUGACCUGAUGGGGAAAGAAGCGAAUGUUGGUACGAUCUUGAAGUCAGUCUUCGAAGGUGUGCCUGAGAAGGAGAUACCCCAAGGAGAAAAAGACCUCCAACUAGCCAUUCAUUUGGAUUCAGCCGUUAAAAAGUCGGACCAGCAAGCGUCAGAUGAAGAAGAAGUCGAUAUCGACAUGACGGAACUCGAAGAGCCAGAAAAGGCAAAGCCGGGACCUACCUUCGUAUCACCUCCGAGUUCGAUCCCCGGAGCCAUUAAUUCCAACAAUGUGUUCGAAUCUGAUGGCCUACCUAGGCCGGUCUUGGAUAAGUCGAGCUCAACCCUCAACAUGGACGACAUGGACGACGAUGAUCCAGGUUCAAGCUUUUCCAUCACGAGUACGCAAUCUCUAGCGUUUGAAAUUCCCAAUAAGAGUGAAUGGGAGGCGCUGGAGUCAAUGACCGAUAUUCCAUUGAAGCUAAUUGCCUCCACCCCAGCUAGAAGGCAAGGAAUUGUGGUACGCCGACUGGAAACGGCGGGGUCUACAAGCAUGAAAGUCAUCCCCUUGGACGAAUUCGACAAGAGUGAAGUUGCCAGAUAUUCAAGUCCACAAGACUACGUUAAAAAACGUAAGCCGCCGAUGUUUGAAUCCUGGGACAAGCUCAUGCAGCUGGAAAGUUCCGGCGAAAGAAGAGUGGCCGACAUUGAAAAUGUCAUGAUGAAGCUCGCUAAGGUUCCGAAAGGAUCCAAACAUCAGCAAGCUAGAAAAUGGAUCUUUGUCUUAGCCGACAACUCCAUCAAAAUCUUCAAGCAGUUUAUCCAGCUCUUGAAAGAACCCUCGGGAACUUGGACUAGUCUUGGCUUGGACCAGGACGUGGAGCAGAUCGAGGACGGCUUUAAAUUCAAAGAAGGUUCCGCUUGGAAAGCCUUUUAUGAAGAAGUGAAAUAUUUUAUACGAGCUUAUGAACGACCGCAGUAA